AUGAGCUCCACGACAGGCGGAGACGCUUGGAGCGCUCGUCGACGCCUUGUCAGCAGUGGUGAUGGCAAUCUUGUUUUCGUUCAGCAGGCGGUCAAGUCUUGGGCCAAAGCUAGUUGUGCAUUGACUGUCGGUGCCAACGGAGCAAAGGCCAUUGACAACCUGGAUGUAAAAACAAGACUUGUUGAUCACCAAAACUCUCAUUAUAGGCGACACUCCCAUCAUCAUUCUCACGGCCAUUCCCAUUCCCAUUUGUUCAAUAGAGCCACCUGCAGAACAACCCGUGUUGCUUCGGGCGACUCUUGUGCUAGCCUUGCCACCAAGUGCGGCACCAGUCCGUCCGGAUUUACCAAGAACAACAGCUACAACAAGAAGCUAUGCUCUACGCUUAUGGAGGGCCAAGUUGUCUGCUGCUCUGCUGGUUCACUUCCCGACAUCAGGCCAAAGCCCAAGGCUAAUGGUGAAUGUGCAACACAUGACGUUGAUAAAGGUCAAACCUGUUCAUCUAUCGCGGCAUUCAAUGGUCUCAAAACCUCUGACCUAGACCACUUUAACAAAGAAACAUGGGGCUGGAACGGCUGUAAGAAUCUGUUGAUGGGGCAGAAGAUUUGCACAAGCAAAGGAAGCCCCCCUCUGCCAGCACCAGUUUCAAAUGCACAGUGCGGACCGAGCAAGCCGGGGUCCAAGAUGCCAACAGGUAACAAGAAGCUCGCCGAUCUGAAUCCUUGCCCCCUCAAGGCUUGUUGUAACAUUUGGGGCCAGUGUGGAACGACCAAGGACUAUUGCACUGUCUCCAAAUCGACUACGGGUAAUCCGGGUACGUCCAAGCCUGGAGAAAAUGGAUGUAUCUCCAAUUGCGGCAUGAAGAUCGUUAACAACGAGAAGCCCCCGGACUCGUUCAAAAAGAUCGCUUAUUACGAGUCAUGGAACCAAGACCGACCAUGCAUGCACAUGGACGUGCGGACUAUCACCUCUGCAUUCACUAGCGGAUGGACAGACGUGCACUUUGCCUUUGCCAACAUCACAAGCGACCACAAGGUAAGUGUCAAAGAUACAUAUGGCCAAUUCAAGAACUUCAAAGGCUUGAAAGGCAUCAAACGAAUCAUUGCCUUUGGUGGAUGGUCUUUUUCUGUGGGUGUAGAUACAUAUGCCAUCUUGCGCGAGGCUGUCAAGCCUUCCAAUCGUGGAGCCUUUGCCAACGAAGUUGUUCGCUUUGUAGAGGAUCAUGAUCUUGACGGUGUGGACUUUGAUUGGGAGUAUCCAGGUGCCCCCGAUCUCCCUGACAUCCCGAAGGGUAGCCCAGACGAACCUGCAAACUAUUUUAAGUUUCUGCAGCUUGUCAAGAGUAAGCUUCCCUCCGACAAGUCUCUAUCGAUAGCCGCACCGGCUUCCUUUUGGUAUCUGAAGCAAUUCCCCAUCGCUGCUAUCUCUAAGACGGUCGACUACAUUGUUUACAUGACUUACGACCUCCAUGGGCAAUGGGAUUACGAGAGUCCCUGGGCUAGUGAUGGAUGCCCCAAGGGCAGCUGCCUGAGAUCGCACGUAAAUCUCACAGAGACUGAGAACUCUCUGGCCAUGGUUACGAAAGCCGGUGUUGAGGCUCGAAAGCUCGUGGUCGGCGUCUCCAGUUAUGGUCGGUCGUUCAAAAUGAGUAGCGCCAGAUGCAAAGGCCCAGCGUGCACAUUCACUGGACCCGAGUCAGGAGCUGCCAAGGGUAAAUGCACUGGCACUGCUGGCUACAUCUCGAACGCGGAGCUGAAAGCCCUCGUCCACUCACAUUCUGGAGACGUGGAAAAGUGGCACGAUGCCAAAACAGAUAGCGACUAUAUGAUCUUCGACGGUUGGUACCGAUUGACCGUCGCAUAUAUGAGUGAAGAGACGAAGCAAGGGCGAACUGCCAAGUACAAGCGUCUUAACUUUGGUGGAACCUCUGACUGGGCGAUUGAUCUUCAGGAAGAGUGGGCUGAUACUCACAACGUUUAUGGUGAUAUUGACGACGAUGAGAACGAGUUGGAGCUCAUUGAAUCGUGUGACAAAGAGUACGACUCAAUUGACGACAUUCCCUCGUCCACACCUGGCCACUGUGUCGCCCCGUACAUUCUAGGCAGUCUGUCUAAAGAACUGUCAAGGGCCAUAAAGGACUAUAAAGAAGUAUCUAAGGGCUAUGACGACAAGUUCAAGUGGUAUGUCGAUUGGGUGAAAGAGGGUAUCGACAUGGUUCUGGAUACUUUCAUGAAGGUCAAAUCUGGCGAAGGCAACAAGUACAUGGACUGCGAGUGGACAGCGCCAAACAGCAAGGGUUCUGGCCCUUGCACUGAAGUUGAUCUGCGUGUCCCCGUUGGUACUCCCAAAGCUGCCAACAGGCGCUUUAUCACGUACAAGAUGCGCGACGAGGACGGGUUCUACGAGGCACUUCUGGCAAAUCAUGGAAUCGAGAAGAGCUGGGUCGAGUGGAAAGACUAUGCAGAUCACGACAUUUGCAUCUGCCCCAAUGGUCCGCACGCCCGCGACGUUGACGAGAAAGAGCCCAACAGGUUUGCUGCUGGUCCUAUCUGCCCUUGCGAGGCGCACGCAGGCUUCACGAUACACAAGAACUACCCGCGUCGCAUCCAAGACACCGCCAAGAUCGACGUUCCGAACCCCAAGGCUAUCAUCGAGGAGGCUAUCCCGAAGACUGAUGAUCUUGCGGAGCUUCUCUACGAAACAUACAUAGAUUCUCUAGAUGAUGAUCUGGAUGCCUCUGGCGCUGAUGCCGUCACAGCGUUCAGCAUGCCUGUCUUUAUGCUUGAAGACGCCAUCAAGUCCAUCAAGUCUGUCAAGGAGAUUGGCGAGAAGCAGAAGGAGACGAAGACACGGGAACUUGUUCUCAGUAUCCUCAGCAUUGUCUUCGCAGUCAUUCCUUUCGCUGGAACUGCAGCAUCGGCGCUUGGUGGGGCCGCGAUGAUUGCACGCGCAGCACUUAUCAUUGGCGAGGCAGGGAGCGCUGCACUUAGCAUUGUCGACAUUGUCGAUGAUCCGGCGUCGGCACCCUUUGCGAUUCUUGGUAUGCUCAUUGGCUCCAAAGGUGUCAAGGUGAAGGGUCCUCGAAAGGCCUUCAGGGACGCAGCUGACGCUCGACGAGCGCUGAAGGGUGACAAGCUCGAGGCAUUUUCGCCCGAGUUCAGGCGUAAAGAUGCGAUUGUGCAGGAUCUUGUGAAGAAGAGCAAGUCAUGUUCUGUAAAUUAG